AUGGCUACCGUCAAUCUCGAUUCCUCCGUCGCCCCUGUUUCAUCGACCUCAGACCGUGGGAAAAAUGGAGUUGUUCUAGGAACUCCCUUAGUCGUUAAUCCCUUAGAAAUACAUUCAAAUGCCCCGAAGAAUGUGUCGAUACCUCAAGAGUGGAGCCCGCGGUAUCGACUAGUGCUUGGAAAAGCACUAGCUACUAGCGGUGCGCAUCUAGCAAUUGUAGAUAUCAACAUCGAAGAAUCCAAGAGCCAAGCUGCUCAUCUCGAGGGCUUGUUCAAGGAACUGAACCCCAAUGAGACAAACCCAAUCAAAAUUACUGCUCACUUUGCAGAUGUCUCAGAUACUGUAUCUGUAAACGCUGCUGUCGAGGAAAUCAUAGCGGCUCACGGCAGGAUCGAUAAUCUCAUCAGCGGAGCUGCCAUCAUUGAUAAUAUCUCUGCGGUCUAUUAUCCCAUUGAGCGAGCUAAGAAGAUCUGGGCUGUCAACGUUGACGGCUCCUAUCUCUUUUCAGUCGCAGUCGCCAAGCAUCUAAUGGAGCGCAACUCUCAAGGAAGCAUCCUACUUAUCGGUAGCAUGUCAGGAAGCGUUGUGAACGUGCCUCAAGUACAAACUCCGUACAAUGUCUCAAAGGCCGCGGUUCGACAUAUGGCUGCAUACUUGGCCGUAGAAUGGGCCCCGUUUGGCAUUCGUGUGAACUGUUUGAGCCUAGGAUACAUAAUUACCGAUUUGACACAAAAGAUAAUAGACGCGAGGCCUGAUCUUAAUGAAAGAUGGACGUCAUUGACUCCGCAAGGGAGAUUGGGUACUCCUGAAAACCUGACUGGGGCCAUGACUUUCUUAUUGUCGGAUGCGUCCUUAUAUGUAACAGGAGCCGACCUAAGAGUCGAUGGUGGUUAUACCGUUGUUUGA